AUGGGGUGCGCGUUCCGCAGCUUUGCGGCUACGUUCACCUGCGGCGCGCUCUACUGCGGCGACGACCGCGCCUGCCGCAUCUUGGAUCGCAACUGCACUGUCGGGACCCGGUACUUGCCUAUUAGUACGUCGCUACUGGUCGUCACGGAGCCCAUCGCGCUCGUGCACACGUUGCCCCCCAUCGACAGCAUAACGUUCCGCGGCAAUGACCUUCGACAGCUGGGGCAUGUGGGCGACCAAGACAAGCUCCAGCGGGCGACCGUCCGCGCCUUGGCAAUCAUCGACAACCCGAAUCUCGGCGCCAUGGUCUACCUUCCGACGUCCCUGAAAGCGCUGUCGGUGUAG